AUGGCUUUGCUGUGGAGGUUAUUUGAGGACGCCCUGUUGAUGAGAGCCGUGAAGAAAUACGGCAUCUUUAGUUGGGAUUCUGUAUCUGCCGGUGUUGGCACUCGAUCUGCAUGGGAAUGCAAACAGAGGUGGUAUCAUUGCCUUGAUCCUCGCGUAAAAAAGACUAGACCCCAGAAGAGGAUAGAUAAUUGGAACAUUUUCCCCAACGGCUGGACUAUCAUAUCUCAUGAGUUCAACGGGUCGAGAACUUCGUCUCAGUGCCAGAUGAGGCACCAAAGCCUGUAUCCUCCUGCGAUGCAUGUGCCCAUCUUCAAUUCAGAUGGUGCCUUAGUACACGUCUCGCAGGAGGAAACAGGCUUUGGUCCUCAUCUAGCACUGAGACGGAGUUCUCGACCCGUUGAACUCAUGAGAUAUGGUAGUCCAGCCGUUGGGGAAGAUUCCAAAGCUUCAUCAUCCACCAAAAUGGACCCCAAACUUGGAAAGAAGUUUCAUCAGUCGAAAGCUUCAUCAUCCACCAAAGUGGACCCCAAACUUGGAAAGAAGAGGAGGAUUAAUGAUGUCAAACAGCCGCUCCUGGAUUCACCAGAACCAGAGCCGCACCCCGGGCUUAAAGAAAUCGGCAUCUUUGGCUCUACGAGGAUGAAACCGUCGGAAAUGCGGCUUGUGGAGACUCUUACCCGCGGUUUACUGUCCGAGGGAUUUCACAUUGUCACAGUGUCGCUAGAGAUGGGGACGUGCGAGGCUGUGAGGAGAGGAUUGGCAGAGGCACACUGCACGGUUCUUCCCAACGAGAGGGAUGUUGUUGCGCGGGUGCAACGGAUAGUUGCAUUUGCAUACCGCAACAGCACUAUUGUGCUGGCAGCAUGUGCACAUGCCAAGGCGGAGGGAAAGGAAGCCUUUGUUUUCUACCUGGACUGA